AAAUUCGAGCUAAAUAUAAAACUAAUAAAAAAAGAAAUGAAAUUAAUUACAACCGCGUACGAAAUUCAAUAUAAAAGAAUAUUCAAGAUUUUUUACAUACGAAAUUCCUGACAAAAUAUCAAUGAAAAUCUCGACUCAGAACCUCAACCCUAGGAGUAUAAAGUAGACCCUCAUUUCUAAAUUCUCACCAUUCCAAAACCCCCAAAACUCAAAAAGCUCCAUCACUCCAACAAUGGCGAUCAGCAUCACGGCAAACACCAUGCGCGUUAGCACACACCAAACCUACAACGUCAACUUCUUCGAGGAGGAAAUCUACACCACCGUAACCGACAACCCCGCCGUCGUCACCGGCUGGAUCGACGACAUCAAGUACCUCCACCGCCUGCCCGGCCUCAUCGUCGGCCUCGACGUCGAGUGGCGCCCCAGCUACUCCACUCAACGCAACCCCGUCGCCACGCUGCAGCUCUGCGUGCGCGACCGCUGCCUCGUCUACCAGAUCUUCCAAACCGAUCGGAUUCCGGAAUCCCUAGCCGAAUUCCUCUCGACAGAGUUCCGCUUCAUCAGUUUUGUCGGCGUCAACAUAAAGGAGGAUCUCGAGAAGCUGCAGAGCGACUACGGGAUCGGCGGCGGGGCGCGCUACGUGGACCUGCGGGGACUGGCGGCGGACGCGUAUGGCAUGGAGGAGUUGGAGAGAGCGGGGUUGAAGACAUUAGCGAGUGUUGUGUUGGGGAAGGAGGUGGAGAAGCCGAGGGAGGUGACGAUGAGCCGGUGGGACGCGCGCCGGCUGUCGGUGGAGCAGGUGAAGUAUGCGUGUGUGGAUGCGUAUUUAUCUUUUGAGAUCGGCAGGGCUCUCGGCCUUGGUGAUUUUGAUAACUAUGGUUUCUAUUGAUUGAUUGUUAGGCAAAUCGGUCUUUUCUUUUUUGUUCAUUGUUUUUCUAGGCACGAACAUGUGUUUUCAGGUUAUCUCCACGCUGCUAUUGGGGUGUUCUUCGUAUUUCUAGGAUUUUAUGUUUGAUAACUGUUGGUGGCAGACAAAAGUUUAUGCUUUUACUGUUUGCUUUUUACUU